AUGCAGAUGAGGUUCAGGAUUCGUAUUCGACGGAUGGCGACUGGGAUCUGCCGUAGUCAGUUUCAGCAGGCAAAGCGGGAAGGCAAGGAAGGCCAUCUUUCAACACUGACUUGCUGGUCUGUUUCUCAAUCCUCUUCGUUCGCUACCUCUCACUGCAGUGGCCGUGGUCUGUGCCAUAUUCCGUGUCAUUCCACAUCAACUCGCUUUCCCGUUCGUCCCCCAAAGGCCUUUGUCUCUACCUUCCUUCCAUCUCUCACUGCCGCUCCUGUCAACCGCCUCCUUCAGACGCUUGUUUAUCAAGAUGCUGGCUGCUUCACCUGUGUACUGAACGGUGCAGACCCCGUGACCACAGUGCAAGUCACGCUAGUCACCAUGGCUCAAUUGAAGCGGGUGGCUCGCCGAAGCAUAACACAAAUGAAUGAGGAUGAAGACAUCCCUGAACCAAGUAUUGAAGCCACACCCGCCUUCAAGAUCCAGUUGCAGGAACUUGCGACUCUUUGCCAGAGGCUUUGUUCCACUUACCGACCGCCUAAGAACACCUGGCAACUUGGAGACCCCAAGCCCCCCCGGCCCAGCUUACCCAUAGGCAAAAAUCAAAGCAAGAUCAAAAAACAAGAUCAACUAGAGAUCUGGGGUUCCUGGCCACUGGUGUCGACGUUCUGGGAUCCGGCGCAGCAUGGAUGGCCUCCCUACGGGGUCCGCCUGCCCGACGCCUGGGUCUAUAUUGCGAUCAAGCUUCUCUCCACCACUGAGCGCCAUGACAAGUAUCCCGCCGACUUUGACGGUAGUGGCAUGGUCCGACAAAGCAGGGUACCCUGUGGCCCAACGUUUGUGAUCUCCGCCCAUGGGGUCUUUGCAUAUCCGAUCUUCAAGGGGUACUACGUUCUAUGCGGCGAGGAAGGGAGAAAACACUGCGCCUGGCUGCUCCAGCGCCAACGGGACGCAGCGGGCAAUAAAUUUCAGUUCAAAACGAUCAUCGCCGGGCCAGUACUGCCGCCCUCGAGCAUGCGUCCACCUCACAGCUCCAUCGUCAAGCUACCGCGCCACAGACCCGUGACUACCGCCGACUCGACUACUCCAAAGCGGCUGGACAAAGCGGAAACAGACCGCUGGACGGUAUGCCUGGACGACAUGGUGCUGCAGUACAAGAAGCCCGACACCUACGAGAUAAUGCCCUUCGCACAGCUGAGCCCGCGUCUCACCUGCACAGAGUCUUCGGAGUCGGACAAGCUUGUCAACCGCCAGAGCUCUUCCUCUACAACGACCACCACGACUGCUCUGACUGACAUUCCCCGCUCGAUUAAGCGACCUCGUCCCCAAGCCAGCACACUCCCUGCCACACCUAAAGAGACUACAGCGGUCAGUAGCCCUACCGACUUCUUCAGUCCUCCUAGAGCGUCGAGUUCCUCCACCAAGCAGACUACUCCGGCGCCAGAUAUCAAACCAACAGCCAAAGGCAGAGGCAAAGUCAAGCAUGCCCAUGCGGAAAACAUUCAGGACCCGGCUAGUACACCUAGCAUCAACAGCCCCCCUAAUAUACUUGCAGCAGAGGAAGUCGUGCAAAACGAUAGCAAGCGUCGCCGGACCACUGCACAUGGGCAGCUCGUGUACAAGCUCUGUGACUCUUUCAUGCAGACCAGAAAGCAUUUUGACACAUACCUUGCAUCUUCCAUGGAGGCGGAGAAACGUCAUGAGGAGUAUCUGAGGGCGCUCGAACAGAGACAGAAAGAUCAUGACGCCUAUAUGGAGGCAACCAUCGAGACAUUCACCCAGAUCCAGACUUGUGUCGCGUAUUUGCAGAAGGAAUUAGGCGGCGGUGAACCUGAUGGUGGUGGAGAACAGUCCCUUGCCCAACCGAACGGCAUGGAAGAUGUGGUGUACGAGACAGAUGCAGAGGAGAAACAAGAAGAUGAAGAGGAUUGAGGUGAUUCUGGGGCGGGUUUGGGUGAGGCUGGGUCGGAUUGCAAUGAAACAGGCAGGUAGCUUUGCGGUAUGUCUCCGUAUGGCUUCCCGCGAUGGGUACGGAAAGAUGGGGUCAAGUGGAGUCUACACCAGUCUACGGGAGUGAGGGGAAAUAACAUCACAUGAUGAUGAUGAUGAUGAUGAUGAUGAUGAUGAUGAUGCCCAUUGUCAACGGUCGUCUUCUCUCAAUUCUGUGUCUUCU